UACUUAGGAAAUAUAUUAGUAAAUUGAAUCUGAGGUGGAUUUGCUGUUGAUAAUGCAACAUUAACACGGUUUUAUACAUUUCAUUUUCUUCUUCCAUUUAUUCUCGCAAUAAUAACAAUAAUUCACUUAUUAUUCCUACAUCAAACAGGUUCUAAUAACCCAUUAGGUAUUAAUAGAAACUUAGAUAAAAUCCCAUUUCAUCCCUUUUUCUCAUUUAAAGACUUAGUGGGAUUUCUAAUCAUAUUAUUUAUUCUAAUUAUAUUAACUAUGAUUAAUCCAUAUCUUUUAGGAGAUCCAGAUAAUUUUAUUCCAGCUAACCCAUUAGUAACUCCUGUUCAUAUUCAACCUGAAUGAUAUUUUCUAUUUGCUUAUGCAAUUUUACGAUCAAUUCCCAAUAAAUUAGGAGGAGUUAUUGCCUUAGUUAUAUCUAUUUUAAUUUUAAUUAUCUUACCUAUUACUUUUAAUAAAAAAAUUCAAGGAAUUCAAUUUUAUCCCAUUAACCAAAUUUUAUUUUGAUUUAUA